UCGGCGUUGCGACGCUCACUUCGCCGUCGUGCGUCGGAACGUCCAACAGCCGGUGAUUUUUGGCGCGAAAGUGCGACUUUUCAGUGCGACAAUGUUACUAAUACUUUCCACUUUUUUGGCGUUCGCGGACGCGGUCUAUUUCAGCGUGAGCGAUAUCAACAUCACCAUCCCCAUUGACAAGGGCAAGUUCCCCUUGAACAAGCAGCCCUUGGCCAGUUUCCUCGCCCAGGGCGCCCCUCCGCUCAACUACACCAUCAGCAAUAACCUCCUCAGAAUCAGCCCGAGCGGCGAUGUCUUCUUCAGCCCCGAUUUCCUCAAAUCGGACAUCACAAACGUGGAUGCGAUCUCGGCCCGCAUCUCAGUGCGAGAUAACUCGAAUAAGGAAGCUACAAGUUACUUAAACUUGGAGUUUGUCUUAUUGGAGUCGCUCGAUUGCGAUCUGAUCGUCGAAGAGUUGUGUUUUUGGAAGACAGUUCGGUACAAUUUCAGCGAAAAUGCAAAACCGGCCCGAAUCGGGUCACUGGCUUCGCCGUUUUUGGUGGAAAUGUGCGCAAGUUGUGAAAUUAACUACGACCUACUCAGCAAAAACAAGGAGUUUAGGGUCGUUUCAUCGGGGGCUUUACACUCGAUUGAGUCGACGGAGGCUCUCGAUAGGGAGACGCAAUCGCUACACUUAUUGCAAGUUUCGUGCACCGUUGAAAAUUCCAAACACACACUUAGGAAUAUCAACCAGACGGUGGCUGUGGCGGUGGGAGACGUCGAUGAUAAUCCCCCGAAAGCGCAAGAGAGGAGCAUUAGAAUAAACAUGUCAUCCAAGCAUGUCCAUAAGGAUCAAGUCGUAGCACACAAAGAUUUAAUUUUCAGCGACAAAGAUUCGCCCGCUGUUAAUAAAUACAAGCCCGUGAUUUUAAACGAUACGCUGAAAAUCCUGAAAGCUCAGUGCAACAAGUUUUCCGAUGACCACUUGAAGCAGGAAGUCCAAACUGCUGUCCAUUGCAAAUUGAAAUUCACGAAAACCGUUCCUGUGAAAACAUCAACUUAUUCCGUCGUUUUACAAUUAAACGACUCCUCCCUUAUUCACGGGAAUGGGGCAGUUGGUAUGCCGAUUGAUUUGCAAUUCCUGGAUGAUUCGGGAUAUCAUCCCGCGUUGUAUAAAAGACAGCUGAGACCGGCAACGCUUUAUCCCAGCAACAGGAUUCAGAUUUUCAGGACUGCAGCCCCCUUAGCCCGCCUGACUCAGCCCCGCUACCUCCACGGCGCCUCAAACUUCACCCUUAAGCCCAUCCUCCCCAAACACUACGCCAUAUUCAACGUGACCUACAUCGAAGGAAUAAUUUUCGUCCACGAUUCGGAAAAUCUACGGAACGCAACUGAAUUCGUGAGACUGAACAUUUCCUGGACGCAAAACGAUUCUCGCAAAUCGGAUGAAAUCCAGGUCCAGAUCGUCGACGAGCCCACAAAGACUUGCAACGACGUGCGAAAAUUCAACGACUGGGAGCACUGCGCCCAGUACACCACCCCCGAGGAGUGCCUGAGCCCCAGAGCCUGCGCCCUGGCCACCGGGGGCUCCUCGAGCGUGGAGAAGCGGAAGCGGCCCCAGAGGUGCAUGUGGCGCGGGGAGAAAACCCCCUCCAACGAACCCACCACACUCUACGCCACGUGCACGCCCGACUUGGAGACAUGUCCUGACGAAAAGUGCGACGAGUUGGAGCAGUUGGAGAGCACGGUGUGUCCGCAAGACUGCGCCGAAGAGGUGCUGUUUCCAGCAGAGCGGAAUAAAAUGACCGGUCGUGGGAUUUUUCGCGGAAGUGGGGUCUGUUUUUGCAGCACUUUGCAGUGCCACUGCAACCCUCUGGAGUACGUCAAGUUGCCGAAACGGCGCAAGCCGACAAAACCCCCCGAAACCACCCCUUUCCUGGCCAACUCCAGCCGGCAUACCAGCAAUGCGACCAAGAUCAUGGGCAUCGAGCUGGCCAAGUGCGGCACCACGUGCAUUUUUGGGGUCAUCGGAGGUGCGCUGUUCCUGGGGGCCGCUGUGGCGUUGUUUGUUAUUUGCUGGAAGCUUGACAGCGUGCAUAAGGCCGUUAGGGACAAGUUCGGGGAGGAGAACCAGGACCUGGCGGCCCCUCUGUCCGAUUAUACGAUGCCCGAGCCCAUGCCGCUUAAUUUCGAAAUGACUACUUCGCUUGCUGAUACCGCAAUUUUGAACAUCAUCAACAAGUAUGCGCCUGACCCCAAGUGGGAAUUCCCCAGGAAUCGACUCAUUAUCGAGCAAACGCUCGGAGAGGGCGAGUUCGGGAAGGUGUUGCGGGCCAAGGCGCUCAACAUUUCAGGACAACCAGGUGAGACGACCGUCGCCGUGAAAACCCUGAAAGACGACGCGCGCGAAUCCGAGCUCAACGACUUACUCUCCGAAUACCAACUCCUUAAGGAAGUUUCGCACCCGAACGUAAUUCGGCUUCUGGGUGUUUGCACCGCUCCAGGUGGCCCAAUUUACCUGAUUAUAGAGUUUGCCGAACACGGAUCGCUCCGAAAUUAUUUGAGGAGGAGUAGACACCUCAAGUCGGAGUGUGGCCGCCUUCCCAGCUCCACAGUCGACGAAAAUGACGUCCACUACGACGAGCCGAACAUCUCCAAAGUGACACCGAAGGAAAUCCUGUCCUUUGCCUGGCAGAUAUGCAAGGGGAUGGCGUACUUAAGCGAGAUUAAACUGGUUCAUCGCGACCUGGCGGCGCGAAAUGUGCUCCUGGCGGCCGACCAGAUUUGCAAAAUUUCCGACUUUGGCCUGACUAGAGACAUUUACGAGGAUGAUGCCUAUUUCAAGAGGAGCAAAGGGAGAGUUCCCGUGAAGUGGAUGGCGCCGGAGUCGCUCUCCGACCACAUCUACACCAAUAAAUCGGACGUCUGGAGCUUCGGCAUCCUGGUGUGGGAGUUGGUGACUUUGGGCGCGACGCCUUAUCCCGGGAUCGCCGUCCAGAACCUCUUCCACUUGCUGCGCCAGGGCUACCGGAUGGAGCGUCCCGACAACUGUUCCCCAACCCUCUACAACAUCAUGCGGAGCUGCUGGCACAUCGACCCCGAACAGAGGCCCACUUUCCAGGAGCUGGCGGCGCUCUGGGAGAAGAUGCUGAGCGACGAGGUGCAGUAUCUGGAUUUGGCCAAUAAUGCCAUUCAUAACCGGAGUUAUUUCUGCGCUCCGUUCGACGAAAAGGCGGAGACGAAUCCGGUUAACUACUUAUCCAAGUCGCAGUCGUAUAUCAAGUGCGGAUCGGCGGAUAAGUUUCAGGAAAGUGCGGAUUUUCUCGCCGAGCCGGAUAACAAUCAGAAUGAUAUCAAUGCAAGAGGGUAUGAGACGCCCGUCAAGGUGCCCAAGAAGGUGCAAACGCCUACGAAUGACUGUCCGCAGUAUUACACUGAUAUGGCGUCGGGGUCGAGCACUUGAGGGCGUUUUGGAGCGGAACGGAAUCUUAUUAUCAAAUUUUGUAUUGUAGUAGGUAGGGUGGUAUUAGGAGAAGAGUUACUAAAAAAUAAUAAAACGACUAUUUUUAUGUACUUAACUAAGCAACAAUUAAAUAAAGGCAUUAUUACGACUGCUUGAUAUUACGUCAAUGUAUUAUUGUAUCGAAAUAUAAUUAAAAAUAAAUUGUUUAUUACGU